UCAUCAAGGCGCGCCGGCGUCCUUUAAUGUUUGCGUGAGGGGAAUAAUGGCGAUGUGCACAAUAUUACGAUGUGCUUCUGUUAGUUUGACCUCCUCUCUGCCUCGACUGUCAAACAGAAACGCUCUGACUCCAGCUAGACUGCUGGCGAGGACAUGCUAUAAAAGAGCCCUGAGCACCACCACUCGAUUUUGCGCAGCACUGAAGUUCACAGACAAACACGAGUGGGUUCGCGUGGACAGUGGUGUGGCAACAGUGGGCAUCAGUAAUUUUGCACAGGAGGCACUGGGGGACGUUGUCUACUGUGGGCUUCCUGAAGUUGGCACAAAGUUGGCACAGUCUGAUGAAUUUGGUGCUCUGGAGAGUGUUAAAGCAGCGAGUGAGUUGUACUCUCCUCUGACGGGGGAGGUGACGGAUGUCAAUGACGCCUUGGCGGACAACCCAGGACUGGUUAACAAAUCUUGCUAUAAAGACGGCUGGCUGAUAAAGAUGACUGUGUCUAUUCCUGAGGAAUUGGAUGGACUGAUGAAUGAAGCUGCUUAUGAGAGAUACAUCAAAUCUAUAGAGGACUAGAGCGUGCUGCUGGCAUGUUGCAUAUAGAGGAGAAUUUAAAAGCAAUCAAUUAAGGAAUGUUUAUAGUAGAUGAUUAAGUUUAGAUGUUUUCUUAAAUUACAUUUUCCCAGCCACAGGAGGGGACCACAUGGACGCAACAUUAUGCACUUGGCUUGGAAAGCAACAAGCAAACCUGAUUGGAUUGCAAGGAUCUAUAUGUAUCCCCAGAGACACAGACUAUGUAACAGUUUCAUCUCUUUUGUAGAUGUUACACUGUUUCUGUAAAAGCUUGUCAUUUCUUGGUGUAAGCUACAAAUAAAAUGUGGAGGACGAAUAACACCCAAUGUUCAGUCUGAGGACAACUAUGAAACCUGGUGAAAUCGGUCUUAGUUUUAAAGAACUCAUAACAGAGUUAAUUAAUUAACAACAUUAAACAUCUAUUUGAAACA